AUGCGUUCUUUGAGCCUCCUUCUUGCCAUCGUCGCCUUUGCUGCUUCGGCUCUGGCUCUCACGAUCGUUGCGCCCAAGGCUGGGGACCAGGUCGACUUCAGCAAGUCGUACAAAUUUCAAUGGACGACGGUUUCUUCUGAUCCGGACGAGGUCACUCUGGUCCUGGUCAACAUGGCCUCCCAGCCUACUGUCAACAAGGUCAUCACCCAGAAUGCGAAGGUCUCUGAUGGCGCCUAUACCGUGGACAUGAUCACCGGGAUUCCUGUUGCUAAUGGCUACCAACUGAAUGCUAUUGCCAACACCACCCAGAACACUGGCAUCUUGAGCCAGUCGAAUCAGUUCAACGUGACCAAGGUUGGCAAAGUUGAGACGGCCACAGCAUCUGCCACUACUGCUACUAAGACUGCUGCCUCCGCCACUGCCUCCGCCGGAGCUGCCGCAAGCGCAAUGACCCUGAGCGGUCCCCUCGCCGUGCUCAGCGCCCUCGUGAUGAGCAUCUUCGCCGGAGCCUUGUAA